GUGGCGCGGGGUGUCUGCGGUCCUGUCUGUUUCUGCUCAGCGCGUAGAGCGGAGGGAGCAUGGCCGAUUCUUCUUUUUUGGCUCCCCCUUGGGAGUUCCAUUUGCCUCUGUCUGCCGCCGACUUGCUUCGCAGCGCAGGUCCCUCGCAAUACGUGGUUCAGGAGGUACUGUCCCUCGAACAGCUCCCAGGGCUACUGGCAGCAUUUCGGGCAGUAUUCCGCACACAAGGAGCUCUUGCUAUCUUGCAGCAUUUUGAUACUUUGUACAGUAUCCUACACCACUUCAGGACGGUGGAUUCCGCUAUUAAAGAAGAUGCUCUGGAAUUGAUGGUGAAAGUUGUGUCCAGUCACUCCAGCACUUUGGCAUCUGUCUUGAGUGAGACUGACCUUGUAUCCUCACUGCGUGCUCUUCACCUGAAUGCUCUCAAAAUGAACUGUUACAUAUUAGUGCAGCUAGCGGAAGCCUUUGAAACAGAGUCUGGAAAGUGCAACCUAGUUGGACUAGAUGCCAAGAAGAAGAGCAAAAAGAGCCAGGCUGGAGGCUUUCUCUGGGAGGAGGAAAGGCAGGCAGUCUUACAGCUGCUCAUGCAGUUACUUCAGCUGGACCUUCAUCAGUUAUGGAAUGGCUUAAUCGUGGAAGAAGAGUUUGUCAGUCUAGUGACUGCCUGUUGUUACCGCAUGCUGGAAAAUCCUAGCAUUGGCCUCCAGAGACAUCGGCCCACACGAGAGGCAGUAAUUCAUCUGCUGGGUGUUGCUCUGCUGCGAUAUGACCAUAUGCUCAGCGCCACUCUAAAGGUCACACAGAUGCUUCAGCACUUUGAGCACGUGGCCCCGGUGUUUGUGGAGGCUGUGAGUGUGUGGAUCAAGGAGUAUGCCAUGAAGAGUAUUGUCGGGGAGUUGCUGAGGGAGAUCGGACAGAAGUGCCCCCAGGAGCUGGCCCGAGAUGCCUCCGGGGCAAAGGGCUACUCUGCCUUUCUCACAGAACUGGCUGAACAGUCGCCCGCCACCGUGCUGGCGAACAUGAGCGUCCUGCUGCAUCACCUGCACGGAGAGAACUAUGGUAUGCGCAUUGCCAUUUUGGCUGCUAUGACAGAGGCACUUCUGCAGGUGCUGAAUGGAGAGCAGCUGGAAGAAACUGCCAAAAACACACGGGAUCAGUUCCUGGGAACCCUGCAAGCACACAUAUGUGAUGUGAAUGGCUUUGUGCGCAGUCGUGUGCUGCAGUUUUUCACUCGAAUCGUGCAACAGAAAGCCCUGCCCUUAACUCAAUUUCAGGCCACUGUGAGCCUGGCAGUGGGCCGGCUGCAGGACAAAUCUGUAACAGUGGUGAAGAAUGCUAUUCAGCUGUUGGCUGCCUUCCUUUCCAACAAUCCUUUCUCCUGUAAGCUGAGCUGCACAGACUUAAUCAAGUUGCUUGAGAAGGAGAGGCAAAAACUACAGGAGAUGAACCGCUGCAGAACCACAGCUGCGGUGGUGAUCUCUCCAGAGGAAGAAUGGGAGGCAAUGCAGCCAGAGCUCCAGGCAACCCUGAGUUCUCUUGGCUCACAGUCGCAGGAAAAUGAGGCGACUGAGCUUGAGUUGGGGGACCCAACAGAGUUAGUCAACAGCAUUGUCCAGCUGUUGAGAAAAUCCAAUUACAAGGAUGCGAUCCGCCUGACGCAAGGAGGUCUACACCAGCUCCAGGGGUUGGAGCCCUUCAGCUGCUCAGGAACAAAGGGUGACGAAGCCAUCACCCUGAGCCUGUUGAGGACGUUUUACUUAGGUUCCCAGACUGAAGGUGGGGUUCAAGAACCCACAAAUAGUACAGAUAAUGCCAGGAGUGAAGAGCAAGCACAAGAAGAGGAAGAGCCACCAGCAGAGUUAGUAAAGCAGGAGAUGCUGGUGCAAUACUUACAGGAUGCCUAUGACUUUUCUGCAAAGAUCACUGAAGCCCUGAGCCUAGUCUUGAAACUGAUGUAUGAAAACUCCGUUUCCGUGGUGCAAGAAACUAUUGAAUUCUUUGUGGUAGUAUCUCAGUUUGGUGUCCCUCAGGCUGUGCUUGGAGUCCGCCGAAUGCUUCCACUCAUAUGGUCCAAGGAACCAGGGAUCAGAGACGCCGUUUUGGAUGCCUACAGAAGGCUCUAUCUGAACCCUAGUGGAGAUUCAGAAAGGACUCGUGCUCAGAACUUGGUGCAGUCUCUCUCCCUCCUGAUGGUAGAUGCUUCGCUGGGGGCUAUCCAAUGUCUUGGAAAAAUCAUCUCAGAGUUUAUGAAAAAGGAUGAAAUUAAACCUAGUGUGGUCCAGCUGCUCUGGGAACGAUUCACAGAGAAAUCGCCGUGUUCAAAGUUGGAACGUCAUGCUGCCAUCAUGCUUCUGGGGAUGAUGGCAAGGGGCAAGCCUGAGAUUGUGGGGAGCAACCUUGAUGUUUUGAUAACAGCAGGGCUAGAUGAGAGAGUGCAUGAAGAUUAUUGCCUUGCUCGGGAAGUGUGUAAUGCGAUCUCCAAUAUUGCCAACAACCAGAAGCUGGAAAAAAGCCAUGCUCCUUUCCGACUUCCACAGUCACACCAGCUGUUUGAAUGCCUGCGCAAGGCCAUAAGUGUGGGCUUUGCUGCGUCAACAGCACACUGGGUCCCCUUCACCGAGACAGCAGUUGCCCUCAUCUAUCGCCUGGCAGAAGGCCCCGAGGAAAUAUGUGCUGAGAUCCUCCAGUGUUGUAGCCAGCAAGCCCUGGAGAAGCUGCAGGAGUCUGGUCAGGUUGAGGCAGAGCCUGGAUCUGAAAUGGCCGGUGACUCGAGCACUAUCGAUACUUUGGUGUUGACACAUCUGGUCUCCCUUGUUGGGGAUGUGGCCUUGCAGCAGCUUCAGCAUCUGGAGCUGUCUGUAAGCAAUGAGCUUCGCAGGCGCCGAGUCCUUGGGGAAGAGCAGGAAGAGAAGGAACAUGCUGCAAAGAAUUCACAGGCCCAGAAUGAAAAGAGUACUGGGAAUGAGACCACCAUGGAAGAAGACCUGGGCUUGGUUGGAGCCUCUGCUGAUGACACAGAAGCAGAGCUCAUCCGCACCAUUUGUGAGACGGAGCUGUUGGAUGAAAGACAGAUGCUUUCAAGCUUUGCUCCUCUGGUACUCAAGAUUUGUAGCAAUCCAGGACUCUACAGCGAUCCAGCACUCUCAGCUGCCGCCGCCUUGGCCCUUGGAAAACUCUGCAUGGUCAGUUCAGAAUUUUGUGACUCUCACUUGCGGCUCUUCUUCACAAUGAUGGAAAAGUCCACCCUGUCCAGUGUGCGUGCCAACCUCAUGAUCGCAGCCGGAGACCUGGCCAUCCGCUUCCCCAACUUGAUAGAGCCCUGGACUCCCCAUCUCUAUGCCAGGCUGCGGGACCCUUGCAAGCACGUCAGGCAAACGGCAGCCUUGGUCAUGACUCACCUGAUUCUGAAGGACAUGGUAAAAGUGAAGGGGCAAGUGAGUGAGAUGGCAACUCUCCUGACUGAUCCUGCGGAGGAAAUUGUUGCGCUGGCCCGGAACUUCUUUGCCGAACUCUCUAGCAAGGAUAAUGCUGUAUACAAUUUGCUCCCAGACAUCAUCAGCCGCCUCUCAGAUCCAGAAUCUGGCAUAGAAGAGCAACCUUUCCGUACCAUCAUGAGGCAGCUCUUCAGUUUUAUCACAAAGGACAAGCAGACAGACAGCUUGGUGGAAAAGCUUUGUCAGAGGUUCCGGACUGCCCAAACAGAGCGGCAGCACCACGAUCUGGCUUAUUGCCUCACCUUGCUGCCUCUCACAGAGCGAGGUCUCAGUAAGAUGCAAGACAACUUUGACUGCUUUGCUGACAAACUCCAGGACACCGCUGUCUACAGCUGCUUCCUGGCAACGUUGGGCCGGCUCCGCCGGGUGGGGACUAAACCUGAGGUGAAGGCCCUGACUGAAGAAUUUGAGCAGAAGCUCUGGAUGUGCCACAGCAAGGGACUGGACUCCCUCACUGAAGCUCCCAGGGAGCCUGGAGGCGAAGGAGACAGCAGUACUCCAGUGCUCCAGCUAGCAAAGAAGAAAGCAGCAGCCAGUUCACGUCGGCGACCUCUGCGUACAGCCAACAGAGAUACCAACUCUGCCUUCAUCACCCCUGAGCCCUGUAAUUCCAGACCCCGCAGAAAGAUUUCAAAACCAAAAAUUGCUGUUGUCUUUUCUAGUGAUGAGGAGAACAGCCCAGAGGAGGAACUUUCUGCUGAGUUGACAGAGGAGGAGACACCUAUCAAAACAACUCCGAUUUCUCGUGCAUCAUCCCGCCGCUGAUAAUCCUGCUGUCCUGAAGACUCUCCUGGUUAAUGGGAAAUAAAGUUCAUUGGGUU